GGCCCCGGCGAAAGGGAAUUCUUUGGCAUGCUUGCCGACGAUGAGCAAGAAUACUUCAGACGCGCCGAUGAGAUGCUGGAGCUGAACCAAUUCCCAACCCCCGAGGAGCGAGACAUCUUCCUGCAGAGCGUCUACCGCGAAGCAAAAGGCAAAGAGUGCAAGCUCGCCAGCAGCCAGUCUUGUUCCCGCCUAAUGGAGCGCCUGAUACAGCUUGCCGAUACGGCUCAGAAGAAACAGCUAUUUGAAGCCUUUGGUGGCCACUUUCUGUCGCUUGUGCAGCACCGCUUUGCCAGCCACUGCUGUGAGGCGCUCUUCCUUCGCUCUGCUGGCGUUGUCACGCAGGAGCUGGCUGGAUUUGAAGAAUUCGUCAUGGAUACCAAGGGGGCGGAUGUUGAUGAGCAGCAGCCGGCAGCAUCCAUGGAGCGCCUGUUCUUGGCUACGCUGGACGAGCUGGAGGGUAGCUUGGGAUACCUCAUUACCGACCGAUUCGCUUCACAUACGCUACGAGUGCUGCUGCUGGUGCUGUCUGGAAUGCCUUUGGAGGAACAGUCGUCGCGUACACUAUUGAAGAGCAAGAGAAAAGAGAAGAUUUCUGUUAGUGGAUCAUCGGCGGCAGAUGCGCAGAAUCAUGGCAAACGAGCUGUACCGGCAUCUUUUACCAUGGCGGCCAACAAGAUCAUGCAAGACGCCGUCUCAGGAAUGGAUGCUACAGGAAUCCAAGUCUUGGCCAAACACCCUAUUGGUAACCCAAUUCUUCAGCUCAUCCUAGAACUCGACUUGACGCUCAACAAGGGUGAGGCUAAGGGCGAGAAAGAGAAGACAGAAGAGACUUCCUCGCCUUCUCUUCUCCAACAGCUUCUCCCUGGGGCUCCCAAAUCACUGUCUGACGGUUCUUCUGCCGCUUCUGAAUUUAUCAAUGGCAUGAUUUACGACCAGAUCGGCUCACGACUCGUCGAAACACUCAUCACUCAUGCACCAGGAAAGAUUUUCAAGGCUCUCAACCAAAAUAUAUUCCUACCCAGAAUACAAGGCUAUGUGCGAAACGACAUCUCUUGCUACCCUGCUAUCCGAGUACUCAAGCGACUAGGCAAGGAUGAUCUUGCCAAGGCUGUCGAUCAGAUUGCACCCACUGUGCCCCAACUAGUCUCCAAAUCCAGAUACAACGUCAUAGCAGCUCUCUUUGAGCGAUGCGCAGCCAGAAACAUCAAUGAUGAAAUCAGAAAGCUGAUGAAGGGACUCAAAGAAGGAUGCGGCAGUAAGCCUGCGGACCUAGUAACGACUCUUUGCUCUCUUUCAGUCAGUGAAGAGGAGGAUAAGAAAAAGAAGAAGGAUGUUCAGCAGCUGAGCAAGAACGAAUAUGCUAUCCAAUCUCACGGAGCAAACCUCCUUACUACCCUGCUGUCAAUCUCCGGCCCCGCCAAGGGUGUUCAAGAAUCUAUCCUCGCCUUGCCAUCCGAUCUUCUCAUUCGCCUCGCCACCACUUCCCUACCUACCGUUACCGUCCUCACUACCGCCAUCGCAACGCCCUCUACCAACUCUAUCUUCCAAAAGGGCCUUGUUAACACACUGCUGCCACACAUCCCGGAGCUAGCUACAAACCAAUACGGCCACAAUCUCAUCAAUGCCAUUGCCGAGAUCCCUAGCAAGGGCAAAGACUGGAGUGUACCCCAUCAUAUCAAAGACAAGAUCAUGACCUCCUUGGGCGCGCAUGAAUCCACGCUGAGAGAGUCGUGGAUGGGAAGAAGCGUUUGGCGGACAUGGAAGGGAGACAUGUGGAAAACACGACGCUUUGAUUGGAAGAACUGGAUGAAGGAGCUUGAUGAAAUCAAGGCCCCGGCCGCUGCUGCUCCUAAG